CACUUCUACCGACAAAAGCUUCAUGUGCCCAUGCCCUCGCGAUCGUCGCGAAACGAAGAAAAUACCGCCGCUGCUCGAAGUGGAGCCCCUAAAUCAUUGGAGUAGUAUUUAAUAUCUUGUCAUUUUCUUCCCCUCUCACGACUGCUUGAGACCAGAUCACUACUCCUCACCAGGUGACUGGUUACCUAGCAUGAUGUGGACCUUUCAACCCAAGUCAAACAACUUUCGCGUGGUCAUUGUGGGUGGUUCCAUCGCCGGCCUCACACUCGCCCACUGCCUCCUCCGGAAUAACAUUGAAUUUGUUGUUUUGGAGUCCCAUGGUGAUAUUGCGCCUCAGGUCGGUGCCUCUAUUGGUAUCAGCUCGAACGGGAGUCGCAUCUUCGAUCAGAUCGGCGUCUUUGAUGACAUCUGGAACCUCGUGGAGCCGCUUCGACAGGCGCGCAUUUGGUCCGAUAGCGGCAAGCGAAACACCGAGUCGGUUGAUCUACGCCUCCUCCAAGAAAGGCAUGGCUACCCCGGAACAAUUCUCGAUCGCCAAGAGGUCCUCGCGAUUCUAUACGAGCAUCUAGGGUCCGCACAAAAUUGGGUUUACCUCAACAAGAGAGUGACGGAGGUGGAGCACCAGCCCGAGAAAGUUUUUGUCCACUGUGGGGAUGUCUCCAAUUUUGAGGGAGACCUGGUCGUGGGUGCAGAUGGUGUCAGGAGUACUAUCCGGCAUCGGAUGUGGGAUUACAUGGAAACUCGUGGACUCAUCAGUGAGGCAGCGGAGGAGAGAACAAGAAUGAAAUCCGAAUAUAACUGUGUGUUUGGCAUCUCGGCGCCACCCCCGGGAUUGGAGCCAGGGAUGCUGCAUCGCACAUAUGCCGAGAACUAUUCACUACUGGUCAUCUCAAGCAAGAAUGGGCGAGCUUAUUGGUACUUCUUCACCAAGAUGGAUCAAAUCUACACCGGCAACGAAACACCUCGUUACAGCCAGGACGACCUCGAGAAGCACGUCGCGGCCUACCUGGACAAGCCGGUUACGGACUCCGUACCGUUCUCAGCGUUGCUCCAGAGAUCGGUGUCACGAACUAUGGUCCCGAUAGAAGAGGCCCUCUUUAAGCACUGGUGCAUUGACCGCUUCGUGUGUAUUGGGGAUUCAAUCUACAAGAUGACACCUAACCUGGGCCAAGGUGGGAUGAGUGCCAUAGAGAGCGCCUCGUCUCUUGCCAAUAGCCUUGCCACUCUGGUCCGACACUCGUCUGAGGAGAAAAUUUCUGCUCUGGCGUCCCCAAAGUAUAAGUUCAUUGCGUUCUGGGUACUUCCCUACAUGGGCCGCUACCUUUUUGACAUCAACUCAGCGAAUAUAGCUGGAGGUUGCACCAUGCCGUACACCGACAGCUAUCCCCACGCGCCGGCAGAUAAGGCCUGGAAACGAGCCCUCUGGACUGCUCCAUUGGUGGGCUGUUACGCUUCUGCUGGCGCAACCAUGGGAGCCGUGAUCAACCAGGCCCUGCCAUUCCUUUUCGCGCAAAUCAAGCAAGGAGUAUGGAUGGCACGCAAUGGCGAGGCCAUUGACUUGACAAAGCCGGUCUACCACGUUCCGUUCCUGGACAAUCUCUUCCGUCCCAUGAUCCUCUGCUUUUUACCGUCUAUCAGUGGAAGUGACCCGCAAACUCGGCUCCAGGUGCUCUCGUUCAUGACUGACCUGAGUCCGAUAUACGGCAUCUGGCUCCUUGAAAGCCUCCGCAGCUCAGAAUCCUGGUACAGAGUCCUACUAGCCAUAACCGCCGGGAUCGCCUUCCAACUUCGUGGAAUCGGCAUGAUAGCCCCUAUCUACUACGCAGCACAAUACAUCACUGCACCCCUCAGCCGCAUCCUUCCCGGCCACAACCGCACCAUCGACCCGUCCACCACGGGCUCAUUGCUGUUCUCGCUGCUUAGUAGCUACCACCUCACCACGUACGCCAAUUUCUUUCCCGGGACCGUCGAGACCCGCCGCUGGUACAACGCUCUCUGGCAACUGUUCCCCGUCACGGUGCCUCUCGUGCAAAUCCCUAUCGCCAUCGUCGCAAAGCGCCUCUUCCCAGCCCCUCCCCCGGCCGACCCCCAAGUCAAGCUCAAGAAGCUGAGACGGAAUUUCCGCACCAUCUGGGUCUUCUAUCGCACCCUCGCCCUCGUGUCCGGUCUCACCUUCAUGUAUGCGCGUCUCACGAAGCCUCGGGGCACCUCCCUGGCUAAUAUCUUCUUCCCUGGUGUAACAGACCACUUUACGCCCGUCACCUCGUUCGCGCAGGGUAUCGCCCGCUUCUUGCAGUACGACCAGGUGAUCUCCAUGGCUAGUGGGUAUAUUUGGCUGGCGUUGAGGUUCCGGGGGUUGAAGCAGCGGCGACAAUCAGGGUCUGAGGGUUCGUUUCCCUGGUGGAAGGCCAUUGGAGCGUGCGUCGCUUCGACGUUCGCUCUGGGACCCGGUGCUACCUUUGUUCUUGGCUGGGGAUGGAGGGAGGAGAUGCUGGAGCGGUUGGCGGUGCGUAUGCAAAACGGGGGUAGCUCGCCUAAGGAGUAAGUACUGUAGUAGGGAAGAAGGAAUCAUAAGCUAGC